CAGCAGCCAAGGGAUUAGCAAACCCAACCCAACCCAAGCUAAGCUAGAGCUAAUCGAGAGGAAUAAUUCAGCUCAUCCAUCGAUCUCUGCACUAGCUAGCUCAGCUUGCUGGCCAUGGCGAUGGCUGGCGACUGGCCGUUCUCCGCCAACGAAGCGUACGCCGACUCGUCGGCCAUAUUCGCGGAGCUCGACUGGGCCAACGGCCUCGCCGUGGGGGAGCUCCUGCCGCCACUGGAUCCGCCGGAGAGUGAGACGCCGGCCGGCUCCGCCGCGUCGUCGUGCUCCACCGACGACGCCGACGGCGGCGGGAAGCCGGCCGCCGCGUCCACCGAGGCAGCAAGCAAGCCGGCGCCGGAGAAGAAAGGUGGGAAGAAAAGGCGGGUGCGGCAGCCGCGGUUCGCGUUCAUGACGAAGAGCGAGAUCGAUCAUCUGGAAGAUGGCUACCGCUGGAGAAAAUAUGGCCAGAAAGCUGUCAAGAACAGCCCUUUCCCUAGGAGCUACUACAGGUGCACCAACAGCAAGUGCACGGUGAAGAAGCGCGUGGAGCGCUCCUCCGACGACCCCUCCGUCGUCAUCACCACCUACGAGGGCCAGCACUGCCACCACACCGUCACCUUCCCUCGCGCCGCCUCGCACAUCCACACCAUGGCCGCCGCCCUGCAGAUGCCGCCCUUCGUCUCCGCGCACCACCAGCUCUACAGCAACCUGCCGCCGGCGUCUUUGCCGUCGCUGCUGCAGCCACUGCACUGCAACCAGGAGCUGCAGGCGGUUGCAAGCAGCGGCUACCAUAAGCCGUCGGUAACGGCGGCGUCCUCGUCGUCGCCGGCGAGGAGUGUUCCCGUCGACGAGGGGCUCCUUGGUGACAUGGUGCCUAGGGCAAUGAGGCAUGGGUAGAACAGCAUCGAUCCAUGGCUCCAUGCAAUCGAAUCGAUCUGGGCACGGUUAAUCAAUGUUGGUUAAUCUUAAUUAGCUAAUUAAUAUUAGCUACUCCUGUUGAUUAAUUAGUUGCUUCGACGGAUUAAUUAGCACGGUAAGUACGUAGUUAUUCCUGUUGAGAAUUUGAGAUUAUUGGGAAGAGAGUAAUUAGUAGGGUACAUAGAUAUAUUAGCUAUAAAUAUGGUGAUACAUAUAUAGUUCAAAAGUAAUAAACAAUUGACUUUUUAGUUUUAUGUUUAGUGUUCAUUCUAAUUAACUUUUGUUAUUGUUGGUAUGAGGUAUGGCCUGGUUUGAAUAUAC